CUCGAAGCAUCGACCUGGUGAAGUUACUCCUUCUUAUACUUGCUCCACUUUAUCUGUCAGAACGAUACUUGCAAUCGCACAGCUUGCAAAAUGCCUAGCAUGUGGUUAUCAGAGAAUCAGAAGAUCGGUGUUGUCUUCUGCUCGGCCGGUGGCUUGUUCCUAUUCGGAGGAGUCCUCAUGUUCUUCGACCGAUCAUUACUCGCCAUGGGCAACAUCCUCUUCCUAAUCGGCCUAACCCUCAUAAUCGGCGUCCAAAAAACAAUAGUCUUCUUCACCCGUCCCCAAAAACUCAAAGGCACCGCCGCCUUCACAGCCGGAAUUAUCCUUAUCCUGAUCCGCUGGCCAUUAACAGGCUUCCUAAUCGAGUUAUACGGACUGUUCAUUCUAUUCGGCGAUUUCCUGGUUACGAUUGGCCAGUUUGCGGGCAAUAUCCCCGUUGUUGGGCCUUAUAUUAAGCGUGGAUUGGAGGUUUUGGCUGGGGGACGGAGUAAUGCUGAGUUACCUGUAUGAUGAGGCUUAUGAUGAGGCUUGUAUGAUUGAAUUGGGUACGGGUGUUGAGGGCAUGAUUACGAUACGAGACCAAGAUUUGGAUUUGAUUUCGGUGGGGAUGGAUGUUUGGAGGGUUAGAGGGAGAGUGUUUGGAUAUGUGGAUUCGAUUCGCUUGUUAAGUGGUGUGGGUGUACGUUGAAUGCUGUCCUGUCCGGUGGUAAAUGGAUUGGCAUGCGGCAGACGAGAUGGUAAUGCCCCUUGGCUAUGGGGGAAAGCUAUUCCUUGAUGUAAUUACUAAUGACCUUUUGAUUCUGUCCAGCUGGGUGAUUGCCUCGAUUAUGAGAUCCCAGUUGGAUGCAGUAUUCAAUAUCCAUAAUAGAUAAUAGAAGCACACAGAUAUUCAUGAC